AUGGCAGAUGCAGCACACGCGUAUCUUCCUGUGCACUUCGCUUUGAGGUCUCGCGUGGUCAGCCCCAUCAACAUCCCGCCUGUUGUUACCCAAUUGCCGGGCGGUAUUUCCGCACAACUGCUUGAAGUCGACGAUACUUCUCAAACAGAUCCUACGGAACCCACGGAAUGGGCUUCGCAAGCGUCGUCCUUAGCCGUUACCGCGAAGGCGUACCACCGCGUAUAUCGCGAGGGGCAUCUUUUGUCUAUCGUGACCGGACUCUGUGCGGCGCUCCUCUCAGAGAUAUACACCACGACAUCGGGCUACUGUUCUCCGGAUGUGCGCAAGCGGCUCAAGUAUCGUUCAUCUCCGCUCUCAGAUUUCGACGUCGUCAGGGGCUCUGUGGUCGUGGACGCCUGCGAUCGGUUCGCGUACAAGCGCCGCUCAGACGGAUCUUACCACGGGGCGAGGACGUCUAUCUCGACGUCGGACUUUACACGUUCAACUUCUGCUCGAUGGUCUCAAGUGCACCACAUUGUGUUGGACACGGUCCCGGUCUUCUUCGUUGACCGCGAGUUCCGCGAUGCGUCAGCGCCGCUACGUACCGAACACAAGCGCACUUCGGCACUGCGCGACUCUAGACCUCACCAGGUCGCGCUCGCCGCUGUUGACGGCCUGUGUAUGGAGGAGCUCGAGCUCGUGGCGGGGUUCAUAGAGACUGUUUCUGGACGAAGGAUUCCGCAAGAAGAGGUGGGCGCAGCAUGCACGGUGUUGAUGGAAGCUUGCGAGAUACUGCAAUAUGUCCUCGAGCAUCGGCUAUGGCGGGAGUACCCUAAUACACCUGACAGAUAUCUCCACACUGAUCCCGGGGAGUGGGACGGCUGGGAGGAAAUUCCCGUGCCGAAGCGGAAGAAGAAGCGAAACAAGAGAGAUCCUCGUCCUGGAGGAACCCCGUAA